GUACUAGACUAUAACGAUUAAUUCAAAUAAUGUCAACUGGGUAACGCAAGGCAGUAAUGUCAACUGGGUAGCAAAGGUAACGUGUGUUACAGAUAAGUAACGGGGAUACCAAGCAGAGAAUGGAAAACCGGCAGAGUGUUAGCGAACGUGAUCGUGAUAGAACGUAAGCCUGGAACAGUUUAAUAAACGAACAACUCUACAUUUGGCGCAGCCGGUAGGAUCGAGAGGAAGAACGGAGGAACAACGGAAGACAAGAUGGAACAGCACUUCCAGUUGGAACCAUUUAACGAUGCCGUUGAUAGUUCGGCGUUGCGCCGUGAGUGGGAAGAGUGGCAUAGAUCAUGCGAGAUAGUCUUGGAGUUAAAGCAGACUGAAUCGCAACAUGAGAAGUUGCUUUUUAUCUUGGCCCGUGGAGGCAGAGGAUUGCAACGUAUCUACUAUAAUUUAGCACCUGUAGUGGGAGAAGUUGUCCCAGAACCUCCUAAACCACCAAUGGCACCAAAAGAAAUUCCGGAGUAUGAUAACGCAGUUAAAAGGCUCAACGCGUUCUUUAUUGGAAAACGCAAUGAAAGGGUUGAGCUAGAGGUAUUCCGCGCGCUAAAACAAAAGCUCGAUGAACCCUUUAACCGCUACAUGCUACGUCUACAAACACAAGCGCGUAGUUGUGAUUUUGGUGCUCGUGAAGAAAAAGAAAUUCUUCAGCAAAUAACUGUUGGGGCUAGCGAUGAGCGAGUAAGAGACAAAGGUCUGGAAGGAGUAAUGGAUUUGAACAAUCUGAUAAAUUAUGCGAUCAAUCGAGAAGUGCUAGUGAAACAAAAAGAAAAAUCUCAUCCCUUUAAGGGAGAAAACAGUGCGCUGGCUAUUAAUUAUACGGCGGAAAGGAAAACGUCUUCGACGGGGAACGAUUUUCGAGGACGAGAUUGGAGGACUGGUUAUAGACCUUCCCAGGAUUGCGGACGAUGCGGCUCAUAGAGGCAUCAAGCGAAGGACUGUCCGGCUAGAAAUUCUCGAUGCAACAAGUGUGGACAGUUGGGACACUUUGCAAGGAAGUGCACAGAAGGGCGAAAUAGGCGUACAACACAGGGAAUCAACCGGUACCGAUGGCAGAAACCGGAAGUGGCUAAUGCAUUGUGUAAUGAAUCGCCCCCGGCUAUAGAAAAGCAACAAAACACCAAUGAUGGAAUGAUUGUGGGACACAUCGAUAAAAUACCGGUAGAGUUCCUUAUCGAUUCAGGAGCAAUGAUAAAUACAAUAACAGAAAAAGUAUGGAGAAAAUUAAUUGGUAGCAGGGCCAAGGUAUUCAACAUGCAGUUUGAAUGUGAUCGCCAGUUCAAUGCGUAUGCAUCUAAAGUCCCAUUGGAAGUGGUGGCUGGUUUUGAGGCAUGGAUUACAAUCAAUGCUGCAAAACCUAAGGUCUACACAGAAUUCUUCGUUAUCAAAGGAGCGAAUCGAUGUUUGCUUUGCAAAAAGACAGCGGAGGAGCUGAAAGUUUUGAAAGUUGGGCUAGAAGUUAAUAUGAUAGGGCAAAAGAAAACACCAUUUCCAAAAUUUCCGGGAAUCCAAUUGAAGCUUGCAAUUGAUGAUACUGUUAUGCCAAAGAAGCUAGCCUGCCUAAGAAUACCGAUAGCGAUGGAGGAAAAAGUCAAUCAGAAGUUACAGGAAAUGUUAGAAGCAGACAUAAUUGAGCCAGUUAUAGGUCCUGCCAAUUGGAUAUCGCCUAUGGUAGUGGUUCCUAAGGGUAAAGACGACAUUCGUCUUUGCAUAAAUAUGCGAUACCCUAAUAAGGCGUUUCAAAGGGAACACUAUCCUCUCCCUGUAAUUGACACACUUCUCAACAAACUAAAAGGAGCAACAAUAGUUUCCAAGCUAGACAUCACGUCGGCUUAUUACCACAUUGAGCUACACCCGGAUUCACGUGACAUUACAAUUUUUAUGACAGGAAGAGGGCUUAUGAGGUUUAAGCGUCUUAUGUUUGGGAUAAACUGCGCGCCUGAGAUUUUCCAGAGAAUCAUGUCUGAGAUGCUAGCGGUUGUUGAAGGAGUUAUCAUCUAUAUAGAUGAUAUUGUCAUAUGGGGGACAUCCAUUACCGAACAUAACACACGUUUGAAGCAAGUGUUAGACAUCUUGGGGAAAAAUAAUGCUACGCUCAACAAAUCAAAAUGUAUGUUUGGGGUUGAGGAGUUGGAAAUCCUAGGAUUCAAAAUUAAUUCGAAAGGCAUAAGGCCAACAGAAGACAAAAUUGCGGCGAUUCAAAACUUUAGGCUUCCUGAAACGAAGGAAGAAGUUCGUAGCUUUUUAGGCUUAGUUAAUUUUAUAGGUCAGUUCAUUCCUCAUCUUUCUUCGCGAACAGAACCUCUAAGAAGUUUUAUCAGAGGUGACAUAGAAAUAUUUGGGGUAGAACAACAUAAAGCUUUUGACGAUCUACGUCAGGAAUUAGCGAACACAGUUCACAGUUUGGGUUUUUUCGAUCCCAAAGAUGCCACAGAUUUAUAUGUAGAUGCAUCGCCAGUAGGUCUUGGAGCAGUGUUAACGCAGAGAAACAGCAAUAAUGAAUCGAGAAUUAUUAGUUUUGCAUCAAAGGGACUUACGGAUACAGAAAAGAUUCACCCGCAAACACGGAGGGAAGCUUUAGCUGUUGUUUGGGCUGUAGAAAAAUUCUACUUGUACCUUUUCGGGAUUCAUUUUACGGUGUACACUGACCAUAAAACGUUGGAAUAUAUAUUUGGUGGAAAACACCAAGAAGGGAAACGGGCGUGUACGCGUGCCGAGGGUUGGGCACUGAGGUUGCAACCGUAUGAUUUCACAGUCGUACACAUUCCAGGACAAAGCAACAUCUCGGAUAUUUUAUCUAGGUUGUGCCCCCCGUCGAGUAAAGCGUUUGAUGAGGCUUCAGAACAUUUUGUUUGUUCUAUUGAGAUUGGACCAGUAGCUAUAAAGUUAGAAGAAAUCAAACAAGCAACUAAUUCCGAUGCAACUUUGAAAGAAGUUAGUAAGGCUAUUGAAACAAACACAUGGCCGUCACAUUUGUUUGCUUUUCAGGCAUUUGCAAAGGAACUUGGGGUCAUAAACGGGGUGGUAGUGAGGAAUGAUCGAAUUGUUCUCCCAGAGAAAUUGCGGAAAAGAGCUUUAGAUAUUGCUCAUAGGGGUCAUCCAGGUAUAAUAACUAUGAAAAGAAACAUCAGAGAGAAAAUUUGGUGGCCAUAUAUGGAUCGGGACAUAGAAAACAGGGUACAAGAAUGUGAAGGCUGUGCAUUAGUAAGGCAAUCAGGGCCACCGGAGCCGAUGACAAGAAAGGAAAUGCCAGAGCGAGCAUGGCAAGAUUUAGCAAUAGAUUUUUUCACAGCAAAAGAAUGUGCGACAUUUCUAGUCGCAGUUGACUACUACAGUAGGUUUCUUACGGUUAUGGAAAUGAACACCACGACUGCUAGUAAAACAAUUGAAGUUCUUGAACGUAUAUUCCAUCACCACACUUACCCCGAAACGAUUAGAACCGAUAAUGGCCCACCAUUUUGCAGCGAGGAAUUUUUAGGUUAUUGCAAUAGCAAAAAUAUUAGAGUCAUACAUACUAUUCCAUACUGGCCACAGAUGAAUGGGUUAGUAGAAAGGCAGAAUAGGGGUAUCUUGCGGGCUUUACGGAUUGCCAAAGCAAUGAAAGACGAUUGGAGGAAAGCGGUGCAAGAAUACGUUUAUAGCUAUAACACAACACCUCAUUCAGUUAGGGGAAAAUCUCCAAUGGAGCUUCUCACGGGCAGACCAGUUAAAGACCUACUACCUUCAUUAAGGACUGACCCUUAUUGGAAUCGGGAUGAAGAAGUUCGCGAUAAAGACAUGAUCAGCAAGAUGCAUGGAAAAUUGUACGCUGAUAGAAAACGCCAUGCCAGGGAUAAUGCGAUAAGUGUUGGAGACAAAGUGUUCAUAAGAAAUUAUGAAAUAGGUAAAUUAGAGCCUACUUUCCGAGCAGAACGUUUUACAGUCGUAGAAAGAAAUGGCACAGAGGUAGUUAUAACCGGUGAAAAUGGAAACAGGUAUCGACGACCAGUAGCUCACAUAAUAAGAUGUCCCACAACGAGUAGCACAAGGAAUACUCUACAAGAAGAAGGUAAAACUAAUAUUCCAUCCUUAAAAAUAUCAGAUGGGACAGGACAAAAGCAAGGCCAAAAUGAGGGUCCCCUGCCCAGAGAGAGACCAAAGAGAUACGUCAACAUACCAUUGAGGUUUAGGGAAUGAUUUCGUUUUGUUUAUUCCUUAGUAUGUUUAACAAGUGUUAUAUUGUUAAAUUUGUCUAAAUUUGUUGGACUAGGUGAGGGAUGUAGAGUACUAGACUAUAACGAUUAAUUCAAAUAAUGUCAACUGGGUAACGCAAGGCAGUAAUGUCAACUGGGUAGCAAAGGUAACGUGUGUUACAGAUAAGUAACGGGGAUACCAAGCAGAGAAUGGAAAACCGGCAGAGUGUUAGCGAACGUGAUCGUGAUAGAACGUAAGCCUGGAACAGUUUAAUAAACGAACAACUCUACAGUAACAAGUA